CCACCGACACACAAGUUCAAGGUAGGUGCUCGUGACUUGGACAAGGCAUCUACUAUCCUUUGCGCGUCACGCCUGCAAGCUGUAAUCCUUCCAACCACGGACGGGCCUUUGGGCGGGACGUCAGGUCUGGGGAACUUGAUCUGCUGCCCGAGACCCCGAUCGGCGGCACGCCCACAGCCACGCACCGCCCCGACACGCGGCUCUGUUGGAGGCUCCCACUGGCUCGAAUCCCCGUCUCCCCCCUAUACUUCGUACACCACAUCCUCAGUUCAGACUCACACGCGCACCCUCCCGUCCCAUCCUCCGGCUGCAUCACAAGAACGAGGGGGAACAACCCGGGCCCUUGCGUCUCUUAAAUGCGCAUGGCCUUGUCUACGACUGCCCCUGCGCAUCGUCGCCAAUACUCGGCCGUCCUGACGGUUGAUGUAUACAGUUGCUGCCUCCGCGGCUGGCCCUGACCCAACAAAACCCCCCCGGCUCCGACACGGAGGACCAUGCGGCUACUACACACUUUGACGUUGUCCAGCCUGGCGGCGGCAGCGCUCCUGCGCCCGCCUGAUCACGCCGCACGAUUCUGGCACUGGCUCUAUGAUCCUCAUGAGCAGCACGUCUUUCCAACGCACCCCCAAGUGAAAACAAUAGAGUCGUCAGGUCACCGCGAAAUUGCAUCCCCCCAUCGCCCCUCGCACCCUGUGGCCGGCUUCGUCGCGUUCGGAGACUCUUACUCGGCUGGCAUAGGGACCGGCCUCAACGGCACCGAAGAUGAAUGCCGCCGUGGGCUCCAUGCGUAUCCCAGGCUGAUCCAGGCCGACCUCAACACCACCACCCGUGCCCACGAUGUGCCGCCGCCUGCUCUCCAAUUCCUUUCCUGCACAGGGUCCACCAUCCAAGACAUGUUGUCCGGCGCCCCCCACAGCCAGAUAGAUGCUUUCAACACGUCUCUCCCCGCCGACUUUGCCCUGCUGUCCAUCGGCGGCAACGACCUGGGCUUCUUCGACAUCAUGAACAGCUGCAUAUUCCGCUUCUACAGCUUCUACUCCGGCACCUGCGAUGAGGCUUUACGUCGCUCCGAGGACGCUCUCGCAGGCCCCGAGUUCGAGCACGGCCUGCGGCUAGCAAUCAUGGAGAUUCUCGAUCGCGUAAAGUGGGAAAGGAACCCAUGGUUCAGCAUUUUCGUAACCGGGUACGCUCGUUUCUUCAACGCCGACACCGACGAAUGCGACGAGUCGUCUUUUGGCGUGUGGUGGCGCGGGCCGAAGUUGAAGCGCGACCUCCGUCGGAGGAUGAACCGUAUGGUCCUACGAGUCAAUGAUAAGAUACGUCGUUCCGUCGAUGCCAUUAACGCUGGCUUUACGAAGCCGCGCGUCACUUUUGUCGAUUACGAUGAUGCGUUUGAGGGGCACCGGUUUUGUGAGCGCAACAUUACCGAGCCAGACUACGGCAGGAAUGACACAUGGUUCUUCCUUGUUGGAGGCCAGGACAACUCAGCGGCAAAUCGUUCGACUGCGUCGACUACUGCCUCAACGCAGGCCAUACUUCUCGCUUCGUCGUCCCCACUCCUCGAUCCUGAGCUAUGCUUGGAGCCUGCCCAAGCGUCCGGAGACUGGGGAGAGCUCGCGCUUUGUAUGAUGGCGAGGGCAGCGAAAAGGGACCCGACGUUGAGAAGUCGGCAGGGUGAGGCGGUGACCGAUAAUUCAAUGUGGUACGUGCCUACUUACUAUGGCAAGACCUUUCAUCCAAGAACGUUGGGCCACGUGGCUAUCAGGGACCGUAUAUACAGGCUGUGGGAGGAAAGCGAGGUACGAAGUACGUGAGAGGCAGGGCAGGAUGUGAGGCGAUUGCGAUUGUGCGACUAUAUACCCCUGUCCAGCAAUAGCACACUGUAGCACGGCUUAGAAGAGACUUGACGAAGUAUACGAACCAUGACGAGUCAAGAAACCUGGUGCCCUGCUGGAAACAAGCAAUGAUAUUCGAUAGA